UCCAAUUGUUCAUAAAUAUAUAAGCCCAGCACUUGUGAGAGGCUCAUUGCCGUCUACUAUUUCCACUGUCUGUCAUAUGCAAAAUCGCAAGCUCCAAGCAGACAGCCAUCCACCAUCCUGAGAUCUUGCUGUGAGAGAGAAAGCUAGCAGAAUGGAGAACGCGGCGUCGAUUGUGAGCAAGUUCGGGCAGGCGCUGGUGGAGGAGCUCCAGGAGAUCCGCGGGGUCGGCAACAAGAUCGUCCAUCUCAGAGACGAGCUGUCCUCCAUGAACGCCGUGCUCCGCAUGCUGGCCGAGGCCGACGACGACUGCAUCGAUCACCUCGUCCGAGAGUGGACGAAGCAGGUGCGCGAGCUUGCUUCCGACGCCAAGGACUGUGUGGAUAUCUACAAGCUGCGCGUCAGGCGCCCUCUGCCACGACUGCCAGUCGACCCUGGCGCGCCGUUCAACUGCGCCAGACGUUUAAUCGGGCACGCCAGGCUCCUACCUGCCAUUGUCCGGCAUCAGUUUUUGAAGCUUUACUUGAAGCGUUGCCUCGCCGCCGAUCUGCCGGAACUCCUCGAUCGUAUGGUCAUCAUCAACGAACGGCGCGCUCGUUACGGCGUCGACCAGGAGGCACUACGCAGAUCGGCCACCUUUACCACUGUGUCACCGGCCACCCUGUCUGCCCGUGCGCUUCGCCCGUCAAACGACCACGACCAGUUCAUCGGCCUGACGGAUCAGGUCAACGCCCUGGCCGACAAAUUGAGGUCAGGGGAUGACAAAGAUAUGAAGGUCUUCUCCAUCGUUGGGUUUGGAGGGCUCGGAAAAACUACGCUCGCCAUGGAAGUGUGUCGGGAGCUAGAGGUGGACUUCCCACACCAAGCCCAAGUGUCGGUGUCCCAGGCAUUUGAUGGUGGAAAGGACCUGGAGGGAUUGCUUAAGCGCAUGCUUCAUCAGAUGGCGAAGCGGAAAUCCGAUAACAAGGAUGGCAUCAAGGAAGAAGACGUUGUUGCUGGCAUCGACGAUAUGGAUGUGCCCGGGCUGACUGGCAAGCUCCAAGAUCUUCUCCGUGACAAGAGGUACCUCAUAGUGAUCGAUGACGUAUGGACCAUACUAGCAUGGGACGCUAUCCGCUCCAUAUUGCCAACUGACAAUAAAUACAAAAGCAGAAUAAUUGUGACGACUCGGGUGGACUCGGUGGCAAAAGCUUGCAGCUCAGUUAGUGCAGCUUUAGGGCACUAUUUUGUCCAUGAAAUGAAGGCGUUGGGAAAAGAAGUGUCUAAGCAGUUGUUCAUCAAUAGAGUGUUUGGCCCUGAGGGUACCUGCCCUGAAGAAUUGAAACCCAGCAUGCUGACUAUCUUGAGGAAGUGCGGUGGGUUGCCAUUGACGAUUGUUAGCAUGGCCAGUCUUUUGGCUAGCUACAAGUCGCCAGGAAGCAAGGAGAUGUGGGAAAAAAAUAUGCAACUCCAUCGGUUCUCAACUGGAGAGCAAUCCUACCUUGGAGGGAAUGAGGCAGAUAGUUACGCCAGCUACAGCCACCUGCCUCACCAUCUCAAGACUUGCAUGAUGUAUCUCAGUAUUUUUCCAGAGGACUAUGAAAUCAAGAAGGGUCGUCUACUAAGUAGAUGGAUAGCCGAAGGCUUGGUCUCUGAGAGGCGAGGGUUGACAUUGCUAGAGGUGGCAGAAUCCUACUUCGAUGAGUUGGUGAGUAGAAACAUGAUCGUCCCAGCCAACAUAAGCUAUGAUGGGAGGGUGAAGUCAUGUCGCGUCCACGACAUGAUGCUCGAGGUUAUGGUGUUAAGGUCCAUGGAGGCAAACUUUGUGAGCCUGGUUGGAGGUGAACAAUGCGAAGGAGAGUCGCUUGGCAAGAUCCGACGGCUCUCUAUCCAAAGCAGCGGUGGGCCAAUGGACGAAAGGAGCAUGAAGCAUGUUCGGUCGCUCAGCACGUUUCAGCCUGAAGGGCACCACCAGCUGCUGGAGCGACUGGGCGAUUUCACCCUCCUACGGGUACUUGACCUUGAAGACUGCAAGGCCGUGCAAAAUAAACACAUGAAGCAUGUGUGCCGGAUGAUCCUGCUCAGGUUCUUGAACUUGAACGGCACUGACAUCAGCAAGAUGCCAAAAAAGAUCGGCAAGCUUGUGCACUUGCAGACACUGAGCCUAAGGAAAACACUUCUCGAUGGCCUCCCUCAAUCAGUGACCGAGCUGGAGAAGCUCGAGUUCCUCUACUUCCAUACUAGGAGUAGGAGGUCGUAUUAUGGUUGGAGGCUUCCCUGUGGACUAGGGAGAAUGAAGGCGCUUCGCGUGCUGAAUAAGAUGGUGCUCUAUGAUGAUGGUGCUGAGUCUGCCCGAGAGAUCGGCGAGUUGACGCAGUUAAGAAAGCUUAAUAUAUCUGUCAAUUGCUCCCAAGAGGUGUUUCAAGUGCUCGUCGCCGCCCUAAACAGGACAUAUUCCCUUCGAAAACUCUGGAUCGUCGACCUCGGUACUGGGAAGAUAAUGAACAUCCUCGGACAGAUGACCUCUCCGCCGCUGCUCCUCCGGUCCAUGAGGAUCUGUGGCCGAAUUGAUGGGAUGCCCGAGUGGUUUGGGUCACUCAUGCACCUUGUCAAGUUAUAUAUCGCAUUUACAAUGCUUAGCAGCGACGAGAUACUUGGCAUCCUGUGUGAGUUGCCUAACCUACUGCACCUUACCCUCGGGUACAGUAGUUACACCAAUGAUGCGCUAGCCAUAAGCGCCAAGUACCGAUUCCCAGUGCUCAAGCAGCUGAGUGUUGACUCCUCCGAUGCAGAACAGAAAGAAAUCAUUUUUGAGCAAGGAUCCAUGGCAAUGGUCGAAAAGCUGGAGGUAGAAUUCGGUUCUUGGGAAACGAGCCUUUCCGGCAUCGAGCAUUUGCCAAGUCUAAAGGAGGUGGUGAUCGAAGGUUUCAGAUCCAACGAUACACUGAAUCAGACCGUGCUGCAGCUCAAGUCGGAGAGCGACCUACGCCUUGUGCCAAAUCAGUUCAAAGUUGUAGCAAGGUACCGCUGGGAGGGGUUGUGAUAAAGGGACGUGUACCGCCAGCCCGGAUUCCUUCACUAUUGCUUUAUUCAUUGUCUUUUGCUUUCUUUCUUUAUUUAAGGGACGUGUACCGCCAGCCCGGGGAGAAAUUUCUUUUCACUACGGGUAUCAUGCCUUGUGUUCUAGACUAGUAGUCUAUGGUAAGCACGGACCGCUCGGACGACCUCGCUUGAGUGCUAGUCUUGUGUGUGUGAUCUUUGCCGGUUUCCUUGAUUAA